UGGAUUUUUUUUCCCCUCUUCCUUAUCUUCUUCCUCUCUCGGAGCCGUCGCUCUGCCUUCGUCUUCUGCGGCUGUUCUUCCUUCGUUUCCUUCCUUCGUAUUCUGCGUGCGUUGCUUUCGCCUUCUUCGGAUCUGGGUGCCCCCUGCUGUCGCAAUCCUCUUUGAUUGCUGCGCCGCCAUUGGGUGUUGCGGCCGGCGUAGCGUAUUCGUCGUGCCGGCCGGCGCUGUGGCCGGCGCUGCGUAUUCCUCGCGGCUGCGCUUGCCUGUUGUGCCGCCGCUACGUAUUGCGGCCGGCGUGCUGGUCCUUCGUGUGUUCCUGCGGCGGCGUGCUGAUCUGUUGGUGCUUCGUCUUCUGGCUGGGUUCCUGUUGUUCCGUCUUCCAGCAAGUGUUUACCUGUGCGUUCGGCUGCUCGCUCUAGGUUCCUUGUUCUUCGGGUUCGUUAUUGCAUCUGUUGUGGCUCCUCGCGGUGUUGCUCUACUUAUUGGCUAUUACAGUGGUCUUGCUUCAUUGUUGUUGCCUCGCUCUUAGGUAUGCCCGUUGUGCUUUCACUUUGUGUUAUGCUUCUAAUUUUUGUUUUUCUUUUUUGUGUUAUGCUUAUAGCUGCUGAUUGUUGUUAUUUGUUACCGUCGUUGUAUUGUCAAUUAAAUAUAUUGCAUUCCUGUCCUAUGUGUUGUCUCACUAAUGUUGAUGUUGGAUUUUAUUGUUUCCUUUUUUAUUUAUUCAUUAAAACUCAAAAAAAGGCACAGAGGCUACAGGCAGUCCAGGAAUCCCAUGCUUGGUGUUUUUCACUAAUGUUUUCUACGCCUUUUUUUGAUUGACCAAAUUAUUUUUGCUUCCUUUGGUGCUUUAUUCUGUUUUUUUCUCCGAUUUAUUAAACAUUACUUAUGUUUGCUUCGGUUAACGGUCGUCUGUUUCUUAACGGGGUGCUUAUUUCUUUUCGACUAUGUUCGUUUUACAUGUGUCUUGCUUGCCUGUAUUAUGGGUUGUUGCUCAACAUUGCCGACUUUCCUAUGUGGGUACUAUACGGGAAGUUACUCCCAAUGGGUGCACCCUGUAUGGAAUAGAAGUUCAGUUACCUGCUUUAUUUGUGCGUGAUACACCGCGUUGUGUUUUCUUCUGGUCUUCACCACAUCCUAGCUGGCCUAAUUUAUAUGAGGAUGCGGCUUUCCAAGCUGUUAAAUUCUUGCAAACUUUGUAUGGGUUUACAGUUGCUGAUUUCACGUACUACGCUAUGGUUUGUCAGCGGAAUUUCGUUAGUCACCUAUUCAGUAUUGCUAAUAGGGGUGCUACCCUUGCCCGUAUGGUUGUUACAACUAUGGAUGCCGAGCCACGUGCUGCUCCAGAGGUGAUAUACUGUGCUGAGCAGCUUCUCCGAGAUCUUGAUGCAUUACUUAAUCCUGUGGUUCCAUAGUUAUAUCUGUGUAUUAUUUUACAUUGAUUUUCCUCGUGGAUAUGUAUUUUGUUAUUUGUUUUUUGAUUUAUAUGAAUUGUUUCCUCCGAUGGUUUAUAAUAUGUUUUUGUUUUUACUUCGCGUUGCUUCUUUAUAGUUCUUAUUGAUGUCUUUUUUGUUGAUUCUCUUUUAUUCUUUUUAUGGUUUUGGUGUCUAAGUUAUGGUCACAUUGCGAUUUAAAAAUCAUACAGUUUGGUCUCCUCUAUAUCUUAUACCAUAAAAGUACUUAUGUUCACAUCCAAAGUUCCUUGCAAGCGGUGUGCUCUGUUUUAUUUACAUAUGUUUGUUAAGAUUGUGUUUUGCCGCUGGUCUGUCGAUCUUUUUUGUGUGGUUAUGGUUCCUGUGGUACCAGUUACUCUUGGUGUUGAUGGAUCCACCAUCGCCACGGAGUUUUGUUUCAAGAACGUGCGGUGUAUCUACUGGUGCAUUAGCAUCUGAGGCAGAAUCUUUUGCCGAGCCGUUUGCCAGUGCUUCCAACGUAGUAUCUACAAGACGUCGUGGUCGCAAGCGGCUUUUCCAACAAAAUCCUGAGUUGCCAAUCCAUAGCUUUCCUUUACGGGUAGUGCCAUACGCUGAUCAAAUUCAUACUCCGCAUCAAUUCUCUGUUUCUUCAUCAUUAGCACACAGUUAUCGUCAGCUUAUCAAAGCCUCUUCUAUCAGAAUUAUUCCUGAUCGUCAUGAAGUGUCAAGUACUGAGUCUAUUGAAUCUCGACGUCGAAGAAAACUGAAGCUUCAACAACGGAGUAUAGUACGCAAAGGUCUUUCUUCAUUGGAAUCGUCGCUUCUAUGUAAAUUCCAUUGCUCUGUGUAUGGUCUUACAAAUCCUUUGUUCCCUAACGCUGUGUUGCUACCAGGGAUACCAAACAUCCCUGAUGCAUCUUUGAGUUGUGGCCAUUUUGAACCUCUUUUUGUUGCUGCCCUCAAAGCAUCAUAUCCUGGCCGAUCCUAUUAUGGACCACCUGAUUUUACCUGUGCUCAUUGCCAUGCUAUCUUCUGGUACGCCGAGAGAGUGAAACACGAGGUGCCCUGCCAUGCUUCCGGGGUAAUCUAUAAUAAUUGCUGCAAAGGUGGCCGGGUUGUCAUUCCACCUUUCAAUAUACGUCCAGAGCCUUUGGCAUCAUUGGCUAGAUUUGAUGGCGACGUCAGGUCCAAUAGGUUCAUGAAAAAUAUUCGGCAGUACAAUUGUCUUUUUGCCUUCACUUCAAUGGGGGCGAAAAUAGACCGUUCAAUGAACGAUGGCCGUGGUCCUCCUGUGUUUAAGAUUUGCGGUCAAAUUCAUUAUCGUAUUGGCUCCCUACUUCCAUCAGCUAAUCAGCCACCAAAAUUUAUACAGUUGUAUAUUUAUGACACAUCGAAUGAGGUGUAUAAUAGAAUCCGGGCUCUUGAUUCUUCUGAAGCAUCUGGAAGUAGUUUGGAUACCUCAGUGAUAGAAGCUCUAACAUGUACGCUAGACCGUCAUAACCCUUUGGUUAAACAGUUCAGGGCUGCAAGAGAUACGCUACGUGAUUAUGGUGAUGAGGAGUUCGUUAUCAGAAUCGUGAGAGCUAGAGAAGGAGAUCCUGUGCAAUAUAAUCUUCCAGCAGUUGAUGAACUUGCUAUGUUGGUGGUGGGAGAUUUCUCUAUUGAUACUUUCCGGCGGGAUAUUGUUAUACAAACACGAUCCGGUAGUCUCAACCAGAUAUCUGCAUUGCAUCCUGCUUUCAUGGCUUUACAAUACCCUCUUCUAUUCCCAUUUGGCGAAAGAGGUUUCCAAGUUGGUGUACUAUAUCAUGGUUUCCAGCCUACAAAUAGCAACGCACGCGCUAAAGUAACUAUGCAGGAUUAUUUUCGUUACAUGUUUCAUUACCGACAGAACCAGCCGAAUCCAUACUUAUGUUAUGGAACUCUUUCUAGCCAAAUUAAGGUUGAUGCUCGAGCUUGUAUUGAUGAAAAUAGGUUACAAUAUAUUCUUGAUCAUCAAGACGACAUCCGUGUGGAUAGUAUCCAAGGCAUUACAGAUGCUGUCAACAGAGGUUGUAUGGAGGGGAGUGAGAUGGGUAAAAUGACAGUUCUCCCGGCAUCUUUUACCGGUGGCCGACGCUAUAUGAUACAGAAUUAUCAUGAUGCCAUAGCUAUUUGUAGAGAAUAUGGGCCUCCUGAUUUCUUCGUUACUUUCACGUGCAAUCCUAAGUGGCCAGAAAUUGCUGAAGGUGUACUUGAGGCAGGACAACGAGGUACUGAUAGAGCAGAUGUUGUUGUUAGAAUAUUUAAUAUGAAACUCGAAGAGCUCCUUCAUGAUAUACGUAGCGGUACUGUCUUCGGCAGGUGCAAUGCAGGUAGUAAUUUUACCUCACGUAUAUUUUCCACCUCGUGGUCUUCCUACUUUCCUUCGUUUUCCAUAGGUAAAUAACCGUUGAUGCUUACGUCUUCCUUGAUCACUUAUUUCUUUAUGUAGUGCUACACACCGUUGAAUUCCAGAAACGUGGUCUCCCCCAUGCUCAUAUUAUCUUAUGGAGUUCAAUUGAUACAACUAAUCCGACACCUACACUUAUCAGCUCCUUCAUCAGCGCUGAGAUUCCGCAUCCUAGAGUUGACCCGUUGGGUUACACUCUUGUGGCUGAACACAUGAUGCAUGGUCCCUGUGGGAAGCGAAAUCCUAUAUGCCCUUGUAUGAAAAACAAUAGAUGCUCCAAAUUUUUUCCGAAGCCUUACCAGGAUGAGACGUCUGUUGAUGCUGAUGGUUUUGCUAUAUAU